AUGAUUUUACGCGACGGGGGUCAUGUCCGUGAAUCGAGCGCAUUGGCAGACGUAUUGGAGAUCUGCCGCCAGCCCAAAGACUUCGGAGGACUAGAGAUUUCCGAGAAAGCCAGUCUCACAGCAGCGCAGGAAUCCGAGAUUGUAUUCUUGGUUGCUGCGUGGCUGGAGGCACUUAACUCAUCCGACCGGGCAAUGUCGAUCUCAGCACCGCUAGACAACCGCCCAGCCGGUCGACGGGGCAUGACUCUAAGCGAGAAGAUCUUCGCCCUUCACGAUAUGGAGCAGAAAGGAUCUGUUGCGCCUGGUGAUCUCAUUCGAACUCACGUGGAUUGGGUCGUUGCAUCCGAACUGUCCUGGAUGGGAAUGGAAAGAACGUACCACAGCCUAGGAAGCCCUGGAAUUUUCCGUAACGAUCGGUUUUGGCUUGCGGGGGAUCAUGUGGUUGAUCCCCGCAUUAACAACUCGCCUAAAGCGCAAGCAAUGAUUGAUGCCAGCGAGAGAGCCAAGCGCGUGUUUAAAAUGACUGACUAUCAAGGCAUGAAUUACACCAUUCUACAUACAGAGUUCUAUAGAGAGCGUGCGCAGCCUGGCAUGCUCGUCAUUGGGUCUGAUUCACAUACAUGCUCGUCCGGUGCUGUGGGCUGUUUAGCGAUUGGAUUGGGAGUUGCGGAUGUAACGAUGCCGCUGGUGACAGGUGAGACGUGGUUCAAAGUCCCAGAAUCGGUGAACAUUCGCAUGGUCGGACGCCCGCGGCCUGGCAUUGGGGGUAAAGAUAUCAUACUCUACAUUCUGAAGCAAUUGAAGAGAAACACGGUUACCUCGGACCGCGUUGUGGAGUUUACAGGACCAGGUGCCGAACAUCUGUCCUCAGAUGCAAGGUUUGCUAUUUGCAAUAUGACAACAAUGCCGAAGGAAUUUGGAGGUAUCACCGGUCUCUUCACGCCGGACCAAACUACCUUCGACUUCAUCCAGAAACGAAAGCUAUCGCGCCACAAAGACCUGAAGACCUAUUUUCAACCGGAUGAGGAUGCACAGUAUGCUGAAACCCACGAGAUCAACCUUGACGACGUGCGAUCAUUCAUGGCAAGAUACCCCAACCCAGAUGACGUCGUCCCUGUUCCAGAACUCGAAGGGAUGUCACUGGAUGGUUGUUUCAUUGGGGCUUGUACCACAACUGAGGAAGACUUGAUCUUGGGAGCCCUUGUUCUAGGAGAAGGUCUUCAGAGGGGCCUCAAACCAGCUACCAAGGGAAAGCGCAAGGUCGUACCGGGCUCCCUGCCUAUUCUAAAUAGACUUCAAGAAUUGGGUCUGACCCAGAUCUAUGAGGAUGCUGGGUUCGAGAUCGGUGUCCCAGGCUGCAGUUAUUGUGUUGGCAUUUCAGCAGAUGCGGCUGCCCCUGGGGAGGUGUGGCUAUCUUCACAAAACAGAAACUUCAAGAAUCGGAUGGGCAGAGGGUCCAUUGGCCAUUUAGGGUCGGCCGCAACAGUUGCCGCCUCGUCAUUUACCAUGACGGUUACUGAUCCGCAUGACCUGCUCGCGAGCAUAGACGAGAAGGCAUUCAGAGACAUGAUCAAAACCAAGCGAGGCAAGAACGCAUCGAAGCUGGACCCAAGUACUCACGAGCUCCGCUACGUUGAACCCCCUGGGAACCCAAAAGCAGGCCAGGAUAUCCAAUCAACGGAAGACGGUACCGCGGGUCUGAACGAUGAGAAUCUGGAGUUGAAGGGAAAGGCCCAAGUCUUGGGAGAUUUCAUUGAUACAGACGCGCUCGCACCCGGACCUUUCCUGACGGAGAUGAUUGACAACGCUUCAAGUGGGCUGCACUGCCUGGAACUUACACACCCGGAAUUUCGGGAGCGCGCUCGUUCCGGAUUCAGCAUUGUUGUUGCUGGGAAGGGGUUCGGAUGCGGUUCUUCACGAGAAAAUGCUGUCAUGGCGUUGCUUGGAUGUGGCGUGAAAUGUGUCAUUGCUAAGUCUUUUUCGUUUAUCUUCCAACGAAAUAUGCCAAACCUGGGUCUGUUGGGUAUAACCUUAAGCGAUGAAAGUUUCUUCAGCAACGUGAGUGAUGGAGCAGACAUUUCCAUCGAUUUUCACCAAAGAACUAUCAACCUGGGCGACCGCGUUUUCCCAUUUACCUUAAGCAAGAUGGAACAGGAGCUGUUUGAACAUGGAGGCAUUGAGUCGGCUUUUCGGCAUUUUGGCAGGAGGUUGUUCGAGGUGAUGACUUCGUCUGCAAAGGGGGUGAAGGCGCCCGAUGAUACCGCACCAUCCCUGGAUGUUGAACUGCAGUGGUAA